AUGGCCAGCCUCGACUCGUGGCGCCUCGUGAACAGUCUUCAAACCCGUGGGCGUUCAGCACCAGAGCAUUUUCUACAGUUUUCUCCGCGGAUUCUUUCUUGAAGAAGCUUUUUCGAUGCAACGUCAGUUGGGUUGAACCAGAAAUGGCCCCCAUUGCAGUGGGUGAUACGAUCCCCGACGUGACGCUAUCCUACUUGGACGAUGACAACCAGAGCCAGAAGCUCAGCACGCACCAGGAUUUGAAAGGCAAGAAAGUGAUGCUUGUUGCUGUUCCUGGCGCAUUCACUCCCACUUGCAGCCAGGAACACGUUCCCGGUUUCAUCGACAAUGCCAAGGAGAUCAAGAGCAAGGGUGUGUCGGACAUCAUCGUCGUCUCAGUGAAUGACCCGUUCGUCAUGAAGGCAUGGGAGCGUUCCUAUGAUGGUGCUGAACACCUCAAGUUUGUGGCCGAUGGUUCUCUAGAGUUCACCAAGGCGUUGGGAUUGGAGCUGGACUUGACCGACAAGGGAUUGGGCGUACGUUCUCGUAGAUUCUGUCUACUGGUCGAUGACUUGGUUGUGAAGGUUGCGAACAUUGAGGAAGGAGGUGCAUUCACAGUUUCCGGAGCUGAGGAAAUCUUGAAGGCGCUCGUGUGAAGUGGAGGAAGUCUCAUAGCUCUCUUUGUGAAGACGAUUUCUUGAAACAUACUAGUUUCUCUGUGAAUUGAACCUUACUUCAAGUACUUGAAAUUGCCACAUUUUGGAGGUGUUCAAACUCUUGCGAAGUGUUGUGAAGCUCCUGAGCUUGCAAUGAGGUACAUCUGUGAUCUUAAGUAAACACUAUUGAUAUUAAUGUUGGAGUUUUACUGCAAACACAAUGUUCAGUCCAACGUUAGUCAUAAAGUAACUCUUGAAUAAUGUUCAGACUUCUGCAUUCUCUCAAAAAAUGACGACUAUGAGCAGAUAACGCAA